AAACUUCGAGCGUUGGAUCAUUAAUCCCACCGUCCCUCCAUCUCACCCACAUUCCAUCCCUGAUCCUAUAUUUACUCGGACCACUCUUCCCUUGCCAGAAAGCGACACAGCUUAUGCACAUUGUUCUGAGGUGGAAGCAGGGGAUGACUCUGGGGACGAGUCCUGGAUCAAGCGGCCAUUUUAUGACUUCUCGCCAAGCAGGUUAAGGUGGAAUGAGCUUCGCUAUUCGUCUGUCGCAACGAGAAUUCCACUCCUCGGUUCCCCCAUAUCAGGGCGGUGCAGUGUGUGGCUCAAUGGUAGGGAAGAACUCGAGCUCCCAUGGGAUUAUCAACCGAUUGAUUCCCAGCAAGCCUGGUACGGCCAUCGAGUGCCACAUGAUUCUCUGGGGGUCUAUCGCCCUCAGUCCAGCAGGGAUGGGACUCGAUUCCUGGUUCAGGGUUGGAGACGGGCCCCAAUUGUCGUCGAUAUUAGUCAAAUUGUUUAGCAUUUACCAGCGCCAUGUCCGUCACUCCCUUGGCAGUGCGCUGCAACGCCGUUUAGAGUUGUGGGCCAUGCUUGAAGUGUACAUCAUAUAUCAUAACCGAUGUUACAGUGCUAUUAGACUCGGUGAUGAAUACGUCACUCGUUAUUGGAGACAAUGGGCCUCUGGUAUCCCUGGAGUGCAGAAAGAGGAAGUGCCAAGCUACCAGUGAGGGGGGUGAAUAAAUAAGUCUUUCCAGAUUCAGUGAAGUAUUUUGGGCUUGCACUCAGUUUGUGGGCAUAAUAUGGGCACGCGUGAUCAUAAGAUGGAGAGUCUAGUACUAGACCAGAAUGCAGCGCCGAAGCGUGAGUCAAAGGGGAUGCCCUCCAUCUUUACAACUGUGUCGAGCCACGAUAUGAUUAGCUAGCCAAACCAUCUUGAACUUGAAGAGUAGGCGAUGUGUUGAGAAAAUAUCACUGGAAGCGCGUCAGGCCAUAAUCCAU